AAUGCCGCCGAAUCCCUCGUUGUAUUGCCGUCAGUAGUUAUGUGGCCGUUGGCCGUAUCGCUCGUCGCAUGGAUUGCGUACUGGUUCAUUUUCAGCGUCCGGCAUAUCGACGUAUUUGCAAUAGAUUCAACAGGAACGCCGAAAUUUGGAGAAGAUCUCAAUAAUGUGACAGUUCCUGUUGGUCGAGAAGCAGUGUUUGUUUGUAAUGUCGAUGGACUUUCUACUUUUAAGGUGGCUUGGUUGAGAGUAGACACUCAAACUAUUUUAACGAUCCACAGCCAUGUAAUUACAAAAAACCACAGGAUCGCAGUAACGCAUAGUGAUCAUCGGAUAUGGUAUUUACACAUACGUGAAGUUAAAGAAGCAGACAGAGGAUGGUAUAUGUGUCAAAUUAAUACCGACCCAAUGAAAAGCCAACAGGGUUACUUGGAAGUAGUUGUACCUCCAGAUAUCUUGGAUUAUCCAACGAGUACAGAUAUUGUAGCCAGAGAAGGUGGUAAUGUUUCAUUACAAUGCGCUGCUUCUGGGUUUCCAACACCAAGUAUUACUUGGAGAAGAGAAGGCAGUCAACUUAUUCAAAUGGCUAAUGGACCAUCUGUAUCAACAAUAGAGGGUUCUUGGCUAAAUAUAUCAAAAGUUAAUCGUUUACAUAUGGGAGCAUAUUUAUGCAUAGCUUCCAAUGGAAUCCCACCAUCUGUAAGCAAACGAAUUAUGUUAAUUGUACAUUUUCCUCCUAUGAUUUGGAUUCAAAAUCAACUUGUUGGACUUUACCAAAGUGAUUCGGUCACUUUAGAAUGUCAUUCAGAAGCAUAUCCAAAAUCAAUAGAUUACUGGACUAAAGAUAAGAGUACCCUUAUAUCAAAUGGUACUAAAUAUCAUACUGAAUUAGUUGAAAACACGUAUAAAACACUCAUGAAAUUAACGAUACAUUCCGUUUCAUCACUUGACUUUGGCAUGUACCAAUGUAUAUCAAAGAACUCAUUAGGUGAUACAGAUGGAUCUAUUAAACUCUAUGAAAUACCGAGACCAACAACAACUACAACGACAACUGAAGCAACAACGACCACGAAGAAAGCUAUGACAACAACAAGGAAAAGCCCAUCAAAACUUGACGGCACCGCACCCGCAAACGACUUGGACCGGAGGCCGUCGAAAAAGACCGGAAAACACGGUGACGCCAACGUAGACGCUAAUAAGAAGGACCGUACAGGAGGAGAACGACAAACUUCUCGGACAGCUGCCGCUGUCGGAGAAAACAAUGGGUCAUCGUCUUAUGGUAAAAAGCAUAAAAGCGGAGCAAAUAACACUAAUCCAGUAUUCGGAAUUUUAUCAGUUUUGAUAAUGUUACAAAAGAUUUUUCUUGUAUGAACUUAUACUAUAACAAAGAUACAUAAGAUAAAAAAAACUCAUUUCCAUUGUUACAGUAUAUUUUAAUGUUUUAUAUUGUGUCGUAUUACGUAUUUGUACGUCAUAUUGUAAAAUGUAAUUAUUUUUUACAUGUAAAUAAAACGUAGCAUCGUGUUGGCCUAUAAUCAGCUAAUGGGACAUUGUAAAAAAAUACUGACAAGAAGCUACCAUGAUCUGAA